UCGCUUGCUGACAGCGGCUCGAGACAUACCCAUGUGAACUGCGAUACAGAAUUUUACAGUUUCUGCCGUCAUAUCACAAGAUCGCUUUCAGUCAAACGAUCUCACUCAAGUCCUUUGGGAAAGACGGGUAAUCUUAUGUAUCCUGUCGGACGUCUAUUGUCCCUAAUGAGUCACCGCUGACUGUCACGUUUCCGCUUGACUAAAGAUUGACUGCUCGUUCUCGACAUCCCCCGAACACAGCGAAGCUCUUGAGUGCAUGAAUAUACUCUCCCGACCACGCUCUGCUGGGUCACCGCUACGCUCGCUCUAUCGGAGGGAAAAUGCUCUCACUCCUCUCCAUCAUCAGUCCGGGCUACGCGGCAGGGGUAGUGGCUGUGGCAGCGAUCGUCUCUGCUAUCAUGUUCCUCUCCAAGGGUCGUGGACAGCUGCCCCCGGGACCGCGAGGGGUGCCAGUGCUAGGGGCAUUCCCUUUCUGGAAAGGUCCUGAGACGAACUUUAAGUGGACUGAACAAUAUGGGGACAUUUAUAGUGUGAAGAUGCUAAAUCGAUUAAGUGUUUAUCUGAAUAGCAUUGAUCUUGUCACUGAGUAUAUGAUACGACAGGGACAUCUGUAUGAAGAUAGACCUUCUGGUCCGGCGGCCAUUGCGCAAGGAAUUUUGUUCGGAAGCGGUUCUCACUGGAAACUCAACCGAAAACUCGCCUCCAGUAUAACAUGGAGAGAAGGAUCACAGAAGGCUUUCGAAGCAAUGUUCCGACGUGAGAUGGACGCCAUCUUGCCAAACCUCAGCAAACCAGGGCCAAUGUGUUUGAGUGACGUGAUCAGACCCUACAUCGUCAAUGUCAUAGUGACUGUCUUGAGAGGUCAUAGGUACCCGGAUGAUGACCCCGAAAUGCAACACCUGCUCAAGGUUCUCACGCGGCUUGAUGACGUCGACUUAUCGUCCAUGUCCACGUUGCUCGCCCUAGCGUUCCCUCGGGCGUCGUCAAAACUAUGCCCCAGCUCCCCCAACCUGCACGCCAUCAGUAGCGACAUGCAGAGCGUGGUGCGAGGCUGGAUUAAGCCAGACGCCCCGACACGGACGGACAAAGACAGCACUUUAAUAUCAACGUUCACGCAGAGCGAAGAAUACAAAGAUCAAAAUACCGACGACAAAGAAAUGGUGCAGUCCAUGUUGGAUAUGUUCUUCGGUGGCGUCACUAGUUCCAUGUCCGUGAUCGAAUAUCUGGUUUUGUUCCUCGUCCACGAUCCGAAAUUACAGACUCGGAUCCAGGAGGAGAUACACCGGGUGAUUGGAAAACGACAGGUAACUCUGGAAGACAGGGAGAAACUGCCACUCGUUGAAGCUUCAAUCAUAGAGACCCUUCGGAUCGGAUCUAUUACGACAUCCAGUUUGCCCCAUGUGUCUGUUGAAGAUACACAGAUUGGCGAUUAUCAUAUCCCCAAGGGGACAAGCGUCGUUGCGAGUCUGUACAGUCUUCAUCGGGACCCAAAACAUUUCCCAGAGCCAGAGGUCUUUAAGCCUGAGAGACACAUUGAUGCCAAUGGUGUUGUCACUCGACCCAAAAGCUUUCUGCCAUUUGGCGUUGGACCUCGACUCUGUGUAGGAGAUACCAUGGUCCGAGUGGGAGUGUUCAUGUUUUUCACCACCAUCAUGCAGAACUAUACUAUUACGCCGGUCGAAGUUGGGUCUCCUCCCCCGUUCAGUUCUCGGCUGCGGAUCGUGCGUAGACUUGAGCCAUAUCAAGUACUGUUGGUCCCAAGAGAUUCCGAGCUGAAAGAUACGAACUGAACAAAUUCUGCAAUCUUCUAGCCUUGCAUAGUAUUUGAAGGGAAGCGAAUUAGCCAAGUGGUUUGUGGGUUCACCUUUCACACAGGGAGUCCGGGUUUCAUUCUGCGCGUGUAAAUAAUUUGUAACAACCAAUCUUGGCGUACUUCUCCUUUCAAAACCCGACUGAUCCAAAAAGUAAAUAUAACAAACCAGACAACCGCGUCGCAAUUUCUCUCACAAUGACCAAAGCGUCGCCGAUGUAUCGUGAUUUUUCUGCUAUGUAAAUUAUUUUAUCAGUGAUACUGCUAUUUAAGGAUGACUGUUCACAGGAUGUCCUGCAUCACAACAAUCACCAACAUAGUUACACGCAACAGGGAUGUAUCUGUAUUGAGGAUGCAGCUGCAUCCCACGUUACAAAACUGAUCGCUGAUACAGUUUAUCAAGUUUCGCAAGAUUUCUACAAGCGUCACAAAACGGUUGGGAGCCUACUUGUUACAAAGUGCGCUUGUUACCGCGGGUUCAACUUCCUACACAUGGAGUUCCCCACCGUGAUAUUGCUGGAAUAUUACGUAAAGCAACGUAAUACCACACUCAGUCGAAACGUUGUUUCAAAGUUGGGUGAUCUCCAAAUCACAGCUACGUAUUAUAAUAUGUUUAUCUCGAAGUUAACCGAUUUCCCAAUCAAAGAUUCGUACAAUACCAUGACAUGUUUAUCUCGAAAUUAACCGAUCUCCCAAUCAAAGAUUCGGGCAAAUAUCAUGACAUGUUUAUCUCGAAGUAACCUGAUCUCCCAAUCGCAAAUUCGAUCAAUGAAAUGACAUGUUGAUCUCCCAAUCACAGAUUCGUACUAUGACAUGUUAAUCUCGAAGUUAAGUGAUCUUCUACUUACAAUAAGGAGGCAGUCGUCUUUGGCGCCGCGAUUCGCUGUACAGAGUUGCGUCCAAUGGGCACGUCAGAAACCUAUGAUUGUGGGUUCGAAUUCCGGUUCGCCCCGAUUAUGUUUCUAGGUUUGUCAGCACCAUACCCGUGCUCGUGGGCUUAAGCGAAGUGGUAAACGUCUGAGACCUGCAUCACUUCCUGGCAUCCCUCCUACAUUAAGCUGACACGCCGUGAUAUAAAUGGAAUACUGUUAAAAGCGGUGUCAAACCCAGCUGACUCACUCUACUUACAAUUACGUACCAUGCCAUGUUUAUCUCGAAGUUUAGGGACCUCCUAAUCACAGCUCCGAACUUUAACAUGGCGUUUAUCUUAAAAUUUACUCACCUCCCAAUUAGAGCUCUCAACCCAAGAUUUGGUUUGAAGGAUAGGCAUCGUUUCUCGUGCUACGACUAUCGGCCUUUGUUAGGCAGUCUUAGUGGUGCGAACACUGUGUAACGGGACCAUGGUUUCCAGACGGUAAUCGGCCUUUGUUAGGCAGUCUUAGUGGUGCGAACACUGUGUUACGGGACCAUGGUUUCCAGACGGUAACUGGCCUUUGUUGGUAGUCGUGAGGGUAAAUUCUUCAUUUUUUUAUGAACUGGAUGUUUGUCAUUUUUGUUAUUGGGACAGAGAAUCUAAAUAUGAACAUGACACCCAGGUAACCUUGACGUCCAUGUAUACUUGGCGUCGAUGUGAACUUGACGUCUAUGUUAAAUUGGCGUCCUUGUGAACCUGAAAUCCAGGUUACGGUGACGUCCAUGUGAACUUGACGUCCGUGUUAACUUGGCAUCCUUUAAACUUGACAUCCAUGUAAACUUGCCAUCCAUGUGAACCUGACAUCCAGGCAACCAUGACGUCCAUGUAAACUUGGCGUCCGUGUGAACUUGACAUCCAUGUAAACUUGACGUCCUUGUUAACUUGGCGUCCUUGUGAACCUGACAUCCAGGCAACCAUGACGUCCAUGUAAACUUGGCGUCCGUGUGAACUUGACAUCCAUGUAAACUUGACGUUCCUGUUCACUUGACAUCAAUUUAAACUUGACGACCAUAUUAACCUGGCUUCCAUGUGUACCUGACAUCCAUGCAACCGUGACGUCCAUGUACACUUUGCGUCCGUGUGAACAUGUAGCUAAAUUAGCUUUGUGGAAAGGUGCCCUGGGGAAAAGCUUUCCGCUUAUCUAAAUUACGUUCUCUCGAGUGAAUGGGGUAUACUUAUAAAUGCUUAAGUGAGUAUGGUUUAACGGUGCUUUUAGCAAUAUUUUGAAAUGAUUUUACAGCGAAGUGAACGGUGGGAGGACAUCGUUGGUUAAAUGGAAUAAAAUGCACGCCAUUAUUAAACAUGAUGCAUUGAGAAAGCUGUAAAUAAAUGUAGAAAUGUUGACAUCGGUGUUUGACUGAAUAAAGAAAUGGUUAUAUUCUA